CCUGACCAAUGGGCUAUCCUGACCUUUACUCGGUCAAUGCCUAACCUCAACCAAUCGGGCUGCUACGCAGGGCGGAUAUUGCCAGGAACGAAAGUGGGAUGACAAAUGUUGCAUAGUAUAGAGGAUUUUUGGUUUGGUUCUUAACCGGCUCUGGGGACGGUAACGGUUAGCUGUUAGCUAGCUAGCAGUGCCAAUAAAUCUACAACAAGGAUAACAAACAUCUGUGUACAGUCUGAGAUGCCAGGUGCUGGUCCAUGGGUUUGAGCCGACUUGAUGUAUUUUACAGAAGGCUGCUCCUCACCAAACUCUUCAUUGGGGGAUGGGGGAAGCCUGAAGACCUCAAGAGAAUCUUUGAGUUCCGUAAGAUCAUUGGGGACAGAGAGAAGUGCAGGUCCCUGGUGCCUAAGGACUAUCCAGUUUACAUAAACAAGACAGAGGAGCACGCUGACUGUAAGAUCCACGAUGGGUUCUUCAUUUCUCCUCUGGAGCAUUUGGUUCCUGGAAUCCUGCCACCAGAGGCUGUCAAAGCCAGGUUCCAGUUUAUAGUUCCGAAGAGGUGGCAGAAGGACAGACCAGUAUGUAUUCACUUGGCAGGGACUGGAGACCAUUAUUUCUGGCGUCGUCGGACCCUGAUGGCCAGGCCCAUGGUCAAAGAGGCAGGAAUGGCUUCACUGCUUCUGGAGAAUCCGUAUUAUGGCUAUCGUAAACCCAAAGACCAACUGCGGUCCAGUCUAAAGAAUGUGUCAGACCUGUUUGUGAUGGGAGGGGCUUUGAUCCUGGAGUCAACAGUGCUUCUCCGUUGGCUGGAGAGAGAAGGUUACUGGCCACUAGGAAUGACUGGCAUCUCAAUGGGAGGAUAUAUGGCGUCCCUGGCAGUGACUAACUGGCCAAAGCCCAUCCCUCUGAUUCCCUGUUUGUCCUGGUCUACUGCCUCUAGUGUCUUCACCACGGGUGUGCUGAGUAAAGCAGUGAACUGGAGAGAGCUGGAGAAGCAGUAUGCCAUUAACUCAGUGUAUGAAGAGGAGAUCAUUAAGCUGUUGGAGUACUGUGGGGCUGACUCCUUUAAAAUGGGUCCAGAAUUUGCCAAGAAUGUGGACUCUUCAGAGCAUCUGUUGGUCCUGUCUGGAGAUGACAGAGCGACAGUGGGUCUGAACUCCAAGGCUGGAGGGGAAGCUGAGGCUGGACGAGGCCUGUUUAUUGGUGGUGGCCUGGAAGGGGGCAGUGCUAGAGUAGACCAAUUGUUAUCAUCCGUGAACAGCAGUGGAAUGAGCUUGGACACUCUACCAAGAAGCCUUCUUGCAAACAACACACUGCUUGGAAAGAAGACGGAUUUUGCCAAAUGCUAUCGGCCAUCAUUACAUAGAGAAUCUAUAAGCUUCAUGAAGGGAGUGAUGGACGAAUGUACACACAUGGCCAACUUUUCUGUCCCUGUAGACACCAGCCUCAUUAUCGUGGUCCAGGCCAAAGAGGAUGCCUACAUCCCUCGUACAGGGGUCCUCAGUCUGCAAGAGAUCUGGCCAGGAUGUGAAGUCCGAUACCUGAAUGGAGGACACAUCAGUGCAUACCUGUUUAAACAGAAUGUCUUCAGACAGGCCAUAUACGAUACAUUCAACAGAUUCUGCCUGAAGUAUCCCAGCCGGCAUUAGACAUGGCAGACUGAAGUCCUGUACUCCCUGUAACAGCACCAGGACCAGUGGCUGGACAUAAAAAACAAUGCCUGUCCAUAGACCAGAAGCUUCCCUUUCCGUGUGUGUGUGUGUGUACGUGUGUACGUGUGUACGUGUGUACGUGUGUGUGUGUGUGUGUGUGUGUGUGUGUGUGUGUGUGUGCGCGUGUUCUGUUUUUUACUGUCCCUUCACCUGCUGAGGGACUACAGAUGGAAAGUGUUUUCUCGUUUUUGAAAUUGUUACUUAGUACAAUUUCCCUGAUUUAAAACCUCUAAAAAAUUAAAUAAAAUAUUUAUAACAAAUGCCAUUAUUAAGCAAAUUGAAAUUGAAUUGGUUAUAUUAAUAAUCCUUCAGAUUUGAAGAGAGAUUUGCAAUAACAAAUCAAUUAAUUUUUAGUAAACUCUCUUUGUAGUAGUUUUCAUUGUUUGUGACCAUUCCCACACAGGAUUAAAAAGACAUAACUACACAUAAGGAAAUCACAGGAAACAAUGCAGCAUGUUGUGUGAUUUGAUAGAUAGGCUCACCGUUUACUCUUCACUAUCUUACAGGUGUAUCAGAGCUGUGUUAAGUUAUUGCUUAUGGUAACCAAACAUGUCCUACUGCCACUACUUCACAUUAAAAGUGUUAUGCUGCAAACCUCCAA